AUGCCGACAAAGAGAGUCCGUCAAAACGACUGUGCGCAGCCAGUUACCGCAAAGCGGCAGAAGCGACAGAUGAACGCUUCUCAGCCAACAAACACAAAGAGAAAGGCAGCCGCGGCCUCCAAGCAGGCACCGUCAGGCAAGAGAGCAAGGAAAAACGCGGAUACUGCUGCCAACGCCGCGCAGCUGCAAAACAACAGAAAACGCGUGUACAAGAAGAAAGCAGCCCCGCGCCAGAACAAAGCCCAGCCUGUGCCUAUUACGCCGUCCGAUAGCAGCAACACAAAAGAAGGCAGUCCAGCUGGUGACGAGCAGGCCGACACAGCACCCGGCCCUUGUCCCAGCAACGGCCACGUUGAUACCAAGCCCAGCUCGUCGGAAAGACAAAAGAUGUUUGAGCGUAUGGAGCCGGCUAUGCGCGAGUUAAAGCGACACCUCAGCGGACCACAUCCCAGCGUCGUCGAACUGGCAGCACCAGUGGCUGCAGAAUACAAGCAGAGGGCGGCCACGGUUGCUGAUAUUGUUUACCGGGCCAUGGAGCAGCUUUCAUCUGGCUCCAAGCACACGCCGGGUGGCGACUUUGCUAUUAUGGAAGAGCUCAUCAACGCCGACUCGGUCUGGCCC